AUGAACAAGGAAACGAGGUUUGGGAAGACGGAGGUGGGAGGAGACGAUGGCCAUCAAGAAUUAUUUCCCUGUGAAGUCUGUGGAAGAUGCUUCGCAGCAGAUGUCCUGACGAGACAUGGACCGAUAUGUAGAAAAGUCUUCAACAAAAAGCGUAUACCUUUCAAUUCCUUGAAACAAAGAUUACAGGGCACUGACAUUCCUACUGUGAAAAAGGCUCCUCAAUCCAAGUCUCAACCUGUGAAGAAAUCUAACUGGAGACAACAGCACGAGGACUUCAUCAAUGCAAUUCAAUCAGCCAAGCAGUGCAUGCUCGCCAUGAAGGAAGGUCGGCCCCUUCCACCUCCGCCAGCCCCCACCAUCAACCCAGAUUAUAUCCAAUGCCCAUACUGCAUGAGAAGGUUUAACGAAACCGCCGCCAAGCGACACAUCAAUUUCUGCAAAGACCAGUCUUCUCGCCGAGUCUUUGAUCCGGCCCAGACAGCAGCCAGGUUGGCAGCCAGAGCUCAGGGUAAGGCUCAGGCAAAUCCUAAAAAGGAACCAACUGUGACCAGUGCUGUAGGUGCUUUGCUACAGAGCAGGGCCAAGGAAGACAUGAAGCAGGUCUCAGCCAGGCCAGGAUUAGCCAUGGAUCCUGCUUUGGGAACAAAACUCAGACAAGGAUUUAGUAAAUCUUCUAAAGAGGGCCAGAAAGGUGAAUGGCAUUUCUUGCUGCUUUCUGACUGGUUCCCUAAAGCUGAGCACCCUAGUGCCCCUUCACCCGGAUGUCCAACCUCCACCAAGACCCACAGGUCUGUCUUCAUGAGGUGA